AUGGGUGUAUAUUGGAGACGUUUGUACAAAGACGCGACGAGACGUACAUACAUGGGACAGCGAGCAGCCAAGCAUAAUGUGCAGGCGGGAGUUCGUCUCUAUCACCAAAGACAUCAUGCUCAUGCUAUCCAGAAAUGGCGUAGUGCCUUGAAUAGAUUGACAGAUGCUGAGGAUCGAUUUAUAACCUUAGGCUAUCUAGCUCAAGCCUACUGUGAUGGCGGAGAUUAUGAAGCAAUGCUUCACUAUGCUCAAUUACAAAUGGAAUUAGCCAAUAAUCGUAAAGAUGAAUAUAUGAAAAGUGAAGCUUUCCUGAACUUGGCAAAAGCCUACGAGCGACUAGCUGAUUUCAGCAAAGCCUUGUCCUAUGGUAAAGCCAGUCUUCAGCAUCCGAGUAUGGACCCGCGAACACCUGGUUAUGCUCAUUUAGCAAUUGCUAUGGCUCAUCUAGGUUUAUCACAGUUCCAAAAUGCCUUAGAAAGUUUUGAAAGCUCUAUGAAUGUAGCGAAUGAAACCAGCGAUAAACUAUUAGAACUACAAAUUUGCGUUGGUCUUGGAUCUCUGUUCACUUUAUUGAGGGAUUUGACGAAAGCCUUAAUAUUCUUGAGAAAUGCACUGAAUAUAGUUCAAUCGGUAACAGUUGAUGAUGUUCAUGCCAAGUAUAGAUGUGUCAUACUAUAUCAUUUAUCAGUAGCACUGCGUAUCAAAGGCAACCUCGGAGAAGCUCGGGAAGCAUGUGAAGAAGCAUCACAUCUUGCCUCAGAAUCUGGAAACCGAGCACUACAAGCCAGAUGCAUGUGCAGUCUGGCUGACAUCAACCGAGAGCUUGGAGAGUCAGAAGCUCGAGAAACUAUUACAAAAUCUUGGGCACGUUAUGAGGAUGCUUUUCGUAUAAUGAGACAGUCAAACGAUCGAAUGGGUGAAGUUUUGGUAUUGGCUAGUAUGGCGAAAAGUGCUUCUGAGAGCCGAAGCCAUUACACGGGACAAUGUGAAUGUCAGGCUAUUCAAUUGAAUAAAAAAUGUUUAGAAAUCGCUAAGAUACUCGGCUGCAAACAUGUAAUGUUGAAGUGUCAUAGUCGUUUGGCCGAGCUUUAUGCUCAAUUAAAUGAUGAAGAUAGUGAAGAGAUUGCUCGGAAAGCUGCGAGUCAGCUUACACAAGAAAUGGAAUUAUUUUGUAAUUUCUGUGGACAAAGAUAUGGAAUUAAAGACGAUUCACUUCAAGCCCUACGGUGCUCUCAUAUUUUUCAUGAACGAUGUUUACAUACUUACUUAUUGGAAAGAGAAGAUCAAACUUGUCCGAAAUGCCGAUGUCGGGCAGUUUUAUCAGAUAAUAUCUCUAUGAGAACUCCAAGCAUUUGCUCAACACUUGAUUUGAACUCACCGUCUACUUCUUUCCCAUUACAACCUGGGCCAUAUGGUGGUGUACGAACUCCAUUAGCUGAGGUUGCAGAACAGAUUGCUUCCGAUGCCACAUUAACAAGGAAUCAUAACUCAACAUUCAGACCAAAUGAUAAUGAUAGGACGUUAGAGAGGAAAAAGAAAGAACCAUCUAAACCACCCCCUCCCCCCAGGAAACCAUGUUGUAGCCAGGACAGCUUACCUGCUUCAUCAAUUGUUGGAAUGCCAUGCCCUAUGGCUUUACAAGAAAACGGUCCUUUAGUAUUCUCAAGAGCUCCAACAAUCACAGACGUUUAA